UGUGUUGGUAUGGUGACAUUGGUGCAACAGCAUCGACAAACGGACGAAAAUCAAUAUCUAAAAGAUUCAAAUCAAAUAAGCAACGCCUCCAUUGAAAAUCGCGAUAACGAAAAUUGUGGAGGUGAGGUAGUGCAUUCUUCUGUUGAUACUGUGGUUAGCGUCACCGGAAAUGGCAGUCUUGCCAGUUCCUCUACGCAGUGCAGUAACAUAGAAGAUGACAGUGAGGAUGAUGAAACGGAUAUCGAUGAAGGAGAUUGGGUACCAGAAUUACCCGUGCCGGUGGUGUUUAAGCAACAUCAAGAAGUGACCACCGUCGAUGGGAAUGUGGUGCUUCCAAAUGCAGAUGUCUCGAAUUUUGGUGAUGUGCGCGUGAAGAAUUCGAGUAACGUGCAUCUUGGUAACAAAACCUUCUAUAAAGGUCCAGUAACAAUAAAGCAGUUCGUUUACACGAACCCGACUUCGAUACAGGAACCCAAUACGGCGAAGAGCGAUAAUGUUCAAGCAUCAAAUGCAAAUACCUCCAAUUUUUCGGCUACCAAAGGAGCUUCGACUGCGAUCUUAUCACAAAAUCCUGAUCUCCAUAACGUAACAAAAUGGUUGUGGACCUGGCGAUGCGCAGCGUUUUUGUGUUUACUAGCUUUGCUUCUUAUAAUUGUCGUUGUCAUUGCGAAUGUAUACCUCACGCGCAAUUCUACUACUACAACAUCUGUAGUUUUUCCGCAAAUUCCAGAUUCUGGACUCGGAGAUAAAGUAAAAAAUGUUCGUUUCAUUGAACGAAAUGAAUGGGGUGCUCAGCCACCUACGACAGAUUUAACAAAGAUGAAACUUCCGGUACCGUACGUGAUUAUUAGUCAUACGGUAACUGAAUUUUGUAGGACACAAGCGGAAUGUACAUUUCACGUUCGAUAUAUACAAACAUUUCACAUAGAAUCUAGACAAUGGUCGGAUAUCGCUUAUAACUUUCUUGUUGGUGGCGAUGGAUACGUAUACGUUGGUCGCAGUUGGGAUUUUAUAGGCGCUCAUUCCUUUGGAUUCAAUAAUAUUAGCAUAGGUAUUUCUUUUAUCGGAACAUUCAACACCGUAAUACCACCUAAAAGUCAACUGUACGCUGCGCAACAACUUAUCGAAUUGGGCAUUAAAAAUGGUAAAAUUGCGCCAGAUUAUAAAUUAUUAGGACACCGACAAGUCUCUCGGACUUUAAGUCCAGGAGAUGCAUUAUACAGUGUCAUCCAAACUUGGCCCCAUUGGUCACCAUCGCCAUAAAAAAUCUUUCUUUUUGUACAAUAAGAUAUAUCAGUGAUAUUUCAAAUGUAUUCAAUUAUAUAUUCUUAUUGCCCGAAAUACAGAUGGACAUUUGUAUAGAUUUCGAACAAUUAAAUUCUGUUUGUAUUUAUGUCUUCAUGUAGCAAUUUAGUACGUACGUUACUUUAUUGAUAAAAUUUGAUCUAUGACAUUUUAUAUAAAUUUAUUGUAAAUUAAUCUGCAGAUAUUUAAAUAUAUCUCAUAAAAUGUUAAAUAAAGUAUGAAACUAUAAAGGUGA